AGGGACUAACCCAAACAUUCGAAUCACAUCUAAGCCAUCCAGCCAUGAUGAAGAAGCCACAUCAGAGGGCUGCUUAUCCAUAUCCAACGACCAUAAUUUAUCAACAUGAGAGUCCCUCCAUUUCAAUCCAUCAUCUUCUCAGACUUAAACCAGUUUUCAAAACCACUCACUCCCUCUCUAGAUAGCACAACAGACACCUUCAGUCCAACCUGAUAAAACUUAUGGCAUUCUCUGCUUUAGCAAUUACAUCACCUAAAACUCUCUUCACAAUUCAUAGACCUGUUUUCCCUUCUAAGCCCACUUCUUCUUUAUCACCGUUUUCUUGUUUUUCUUGUUUAUCAACUCAUAAAGAUGCAAACAUCUCUUCCAAUUCAGUUUCCACAAUAAAGAAACGUAUAUUCGAUGUGGGUAUUGGGAUUUUAGCAGCUUCAAUUCUUUCUUUCGCACCAAUGGAUGCUAAUGCUACUAGAAUUGAGUACUAUGCUACUGUUGGAGAUCCUUUAUGUGAUUUCACUUUCGUUCGUUCUGGUCUUGGUUAUUGUGAUCUUUCCGUUGGGACUGGUGAGGAGGCUCCAUAUGCCGAGCUUAUUAAUGUUCAUUAUACUGCAAGAUUUGCUGAUGGGAUAGUCUUUGACAGCAGCUAUAAGCGUGGCAGACCUCUCACCAUGCGCAUUGGUGUCGGCAAGGUCCUUAGGGGGUUGGAUCAAGGAAUUUUUGGUGGUGAAGGUGUACCACCAAUGCAAGUAGGUGGAAAACGUAAGCUUCAGAUUCCUCCACAUUUAGCAUAUGGACCGGAACCUGCAGGAUGCUUUUCAGGUGAUUGCAAUAUCCCUGGCAAUGCAACUCUUGUAUAUGAUAUCAAUUUUCUGGGCAUCUACUCAGGAAACAGGAAGUGAAAUCCAUGUGCAUAUGAUGACAAAUAGACAAAUCUUUAGUGUGGAGAAUGGUGGACAAUACUAAAAACUUAAAAGAAGUUUUCUAGAAUUUCAACCUCAUAGAGCAGGUCAAAGAUGCUUGUAUAAAGUCCAUGGUGCUAAUACAAUGCAUGCUUCAAUAUUCAGCCUCUGGGGCCAGCUGAGCUCACUAUUGUUGCUAGGUUCAUAUGUUAGCUAAGCACACGCCGUAUAGCUGUAUGAUGCUCUUAUUUGUAUGCGCCUACAAGGGAGAAAGUGAUUACGCAUUAAUGCUACUUGAGAGAUUAUUUAUGCGUAUCAUGAGCAUCAUCAGGCUAAUUUUAUCCUCAGCAAUCAUCACGAUUAUCUCUUUUCCCACUUGUUUUAUUAGGAUAUGUUCAGCAUUAUUACUGUAAUUAUUGUUGAGAAAAGUAAGAUCUUAAACAUAUUGAUUAAAAGAAUUUGAAAUAUGUUUUAAGGUUUUUAGGUGCUA